UCUUUAGAAUUUUGUUAAGAAAAAUGGCGACAUCAUCAAAUACAACUGCUGCUGUGGCAGAUGAAGGAAUGGAAGAACGCAUAAUUAAUGAAGAAUAUAAAAUUUGGAAGAAAAAUUGCCCGUUUCUUUAUGACAUGGUUAUGACUCACGCUCUUGAAUGGCCUAGCCUUACAGUCCAAUGGUUACCUGAUGUUAAACGUGUGGAUGGAGAUGAUUAUACUACACAUCGUUUGAUUUUGGGAACUCAUACAUCUGAUGAACAGCAAAACCAUUUGGUAAUUGCCAAACUUCUUUUGCCUACGGAAGAUGCUCAGUUUGACGCUUCACGUUAUGACACUGACAGGGGUGAAUUUGGCGGUUUUGGUUCAAUUACAGGCAAAAUUGACGUCGAAAUAAAAAUGAAUCAUGAAGGAGAAGUCAAUCGGGCUCGUUAUAUGCCUCAAAAUCCAGUUCUGAUUGGGACUAAAUCUCCAAAUGCUGAAGUGUUUAUUUUUGAUUAUACAAAGCAUCCUUCAAAUCCACCACAAUCUGAAGUUAACAUUUGUAAACCUCAACUUCGUCUUCGUGGGCAUACAAAAGAGGGUUAUGGUUUAAGUUGGAAUACCAACUUACCUGGACAUUUAUUAAGUGCUUCGGAUGAUACAACAGUUUGUUUAUGGGAUAUUCAAGCAACUACUGCUAACGCUAACUUUUUGGAUGCAAAAUCGAUUUUUACUGCGCACAAUGCUGUUGUUGAGGAUGUUGCUUGGCACGUUCUUCACGACGCUAUUUUUGGUUCAGUAGGAGAUGAUCAUAAAUUAAUGAUUUGGGAUACUCGUCAGAAUAGCACGACAAGACCUCAACAUACUGUUGAAGCACAUACUGCUGAGACUGUCGCUUUGUGGGAUUUGCGCAAUUUAAAAUUGAAACUUCAUUCAUUUGAAUCGCACAAAGACGAAAUUUUCCAAGUUCAAUGGUCUCCUCAUAACGAAACAAUUUUGGCUAGUUCAGGAACUGAUAGACGUUUACAUAUUUGGGAUUUGAGUAAAAUUGGGGAAGAACAAACGCCUGAGGAUGCUGAGGAUGGACCGCCAGAGCUUUUGUUCAUUCAUGGAGGACAUACAGCCAAAAUAUCUGACUUUUCUUGGAAUCCGAAUGAGCCUUGGGUUAUUUGUUCAGUUUCUGAAGACAAUAUUAUGCAGGUUAUCUUGAUGAUAUUUUUAGUUUUUAAAAAUUUUUUUUGGUUCAACCCUCGUUUUAAUAUACCCUCUAUAUAA